AUGUGUCAAGGGCACUACCACCCCAGCAGCGAUCCACUAUGCCUCCCACUCGGCACCGCCGCGACUCUUCAAGCAACUCCUGCAGCAGCAGCAACUGCAGGAACAGCAACGGGAGCAGCACCCACCCCUGACUACGAAACGAGGCGUUCCGUCAAGCGGACCAAGCGGACAUGGGCAGCAGUAGCGGAGGGAAGCGGCGCCAAGCUUUCCGCGCCGGCACCGCGAAGCUUAUUACCUGGCGCGUUGGAGCCGUUGCGCUGCCACCAAGCCGCGCCGCUCCUCCAGAUAGCCUCGCGGUUGCCUCUGCCAGCGACGGUAUCGACAUCAGACACCGCUGCCGCGUCCUCAAGAUCGCCGGCCGCUCCCGGCGCUCUCGCGCAUCGCGGCGCUGCGGCGGUGAAGUGCCCCUUUGUGCGCUUGAUGGGCGGCUUUCAUGUAUUACAAGGGCGGCAACAACUGCCGCCGCAGCAGCAGCAGGAGAUGCGCGUUGCAGAGGGGCGGACGAGGGCGAUAUGGGGGCAUGGCGAAGCGAUGGCUGGCCCGCACAUAAAGGCGCAAACAGUGACCGUUGCCGAGGCCGACGGUGACGGUGACGGUGACGGAGCGGCGGGGAGAGCCGUGGCGGAGUGGGCGUCGGCUGCAGAACCGUCGCGCGCGAGCGAUAACCCCUCCAGCAGCUCUGCUGACAACGAGAACGUGUCUGCGACCCCGAAUCCCCCCUCAUCGGCGCCCGCCGCUGCGCGCAUGCCAUCAUCUGCGCCAACAUGUGCGCGGGCUACCUCCUCGCCUUCCCCGGCGGGGAACGCGGUGCGCGGGGAUGGCGGCGCGCGGAACGCAGUGGGGAUGGCCGCGGCGUCAGACCCGUCGGCGUGGCGGAAAUUGGCCGACUCGGAGUCUGGUGACGUUUCUGAGGGUGAGGUAGAGGAGUGGCGCAACGAUGGAGCGCCGCGCGCGGCGGAAGCAAGUGGCGCCGCCGCAGUGGGCGGGGAGGCUGGCGCAACGAGCGGAUGCGCUGCAGCAGUGUGCGGAGGAGAGAGGGCGCAGAGUCCAAUUCACAUGAGCCGUCGAUCGAACUGGCCAGAUCGGAUUCUGGAAGAGUGGUCGUGCACGCGUUCGGCGAUGGCUGACGUGGCGUUUGAAGCGGAGGUUGACGUGGCAUUUCAAAUGGAGUGUGAUACGGUCUUUCAAGUGGACCGUGACGUGGAGGAUGAGAGCAUGUCACAGCUGUUGAGCGGUGUUGCUGAUGUAGCGCGCUGCGCGGAUGUCUCCCCCGCAGCGACACGGCCGCGGCGGGCAGAAACGGGCGUGAAGAUCGCGGGGAAGGUGACGGUCUCGGAGGGUAAAUUACCCUUGGAAUGCAUGGCUGUAGCUGGCAGUAAUUCGGGCAGCGGCACACCCUGGAGCAGCGAAGGCAAGGCGGGAGUGGACGACUAUCCAGGCCAUGCGGACAGUUUGGAGAGCUUGGAUGAGGGGCUGCAGGGCACGAGGAGGGGAGGAGGCGAGCUGUGGAAGGCGCUAUGCAGCCUCGGGUGCGUUGGGGGCCUGCAGAGCAGCCGCACAACCAUGUCGCCACAACGGCACGCCCAGACGCGACAGCAGCAGCAGCAGGCAUUCGUGGACUCUCCACCGCGUUCUGCCCGUCAGCCCCUUCCAACCCGUCCGUGCUUCCACCAGUGUGACUCACCCCACCCGACCCUCGCACCUCUGCCUCUCCUGCUCCCUCUCUCCCCCGCCCCCUCAGCACCACCAACGCCACGAGUUCUGCACAGCCCCUGUCAGCACUCCCCCUGUCGCAACACCCCGUGCAGCAACCGUGUGUUCAAGCGUCCCAGGAGUGCCAUCUCUGGGAGCCCACUGGCAGGCAGCAGCUGCGCGCCGCUCAUGCCUGGCAGCCUAGCACCUGUUCCCGCAGCAGCUGUCAUGAACGCCAAGCGCCAGAGAUGGGGCCACUCUACCACAGCAGGAGCUGUAGGCUCGCUCAGCAGCAGAUCGCACCACUCAAACUCAGAUCCACGCCUCGCCUUCCGUGGCUCUCCUCCUCCCGCUCUGCCUUGGUGCCCUCGUCUCGUCAACCCUCCGUUGGCGACUGGUUGGCCAGGGCGCACCUCUCCUGCUCGCAAGGCGUUGGGGAUCUCCUCUGCUGCACCGCUCACACUAGAGAUGCAACUGGGGCGGCUGCUGGAGCAGUGUCAACACGAGAUCCAGCAGCAGCAGCAGCAGCAGCAGCAGCAGCAGCAGCAGCAGUGGUGGUGGCAGGCACAGCAACAGCACUUGAAGCAGCAAGAGCAGUGUAAACGCCAGCUUGAGCUGUUCUUGCAUCAGCUCGAAGCCAAGCAGCAGCAGCGUGGGGCAGUUACUGCACCACCGGGCACGGACUUUGAGGAGUUUUGGACCUCCCUUGGCCUGCACUGCGAUGGCAUGUGA